AUGGCGGGUCGUUGGACCCCAGUCAGCGAUGACAGUGACACGGAGACCGGGGAAGACUCCUCCGUCGAAAACCUUAUUGAAAUACAGGCCCCACAGUACAUGCUCGAUGACCUCGUCGUAAAUCCCCCGCGGGUGGAAGAAGUCAUAGUUGUCAGUUCUGAUGACGAAGAAACAUCGUCGGACAGUUCCCUCCCGACGUCCUACACUAGCUCAAGCAGCCCCUUGACGUCAGAUCCCUCCAGCAGCCCAUUUUUCGAUUUUAACGACCAGAGCUUCACUCCGAGGUUCUUGUUUAGGGACCCGGAGUUCCUCCAAGCGAAUCAUCCAGUCAUUCCCUCGAUGGAAGGAAUUCGACCGCAUAUUCCGGAGUACAACACUGACGACACAUCGCAGGAGACAUUGGGUAGUCCGGACGUCGGCCUUAUACAGGAGGCCAUCCAGAGAAAAUUGCCCUUGGUGGAAGAUCUGACUCCCGUGCUGGUGAGUCUCGACAGCAACCGCAAAAUCCUUGCCAACUUCCCAGGUGCCUCGGAAGUCUGCUCGAAAAGUCCCGGAGCUAAAGGGAAUAAUGAUGGAAGUUUGCAAAAACAAGAAUCUUCGGGCUCUAAGAAAAUGUCGAAGUACGAUCCUGAGUCUCCGACGGUAAGCGCUCUGAAACGGUAUCAGAUUUCGACCAUCUCUGAAGCCAUCUGGAGGCCGGGCACACGGAGGGCGGAGGUGACCCAGCGGCGAGGGAAACAAAUGGAAACGAUAGGAUCCGCCGGAAACCCGACCUUCCUGGAGUUCUACGAGGCGUUAUUUUUGAUGACGCGCGUCAAACUCCGACUACUUUUACCGGAUCUGACACCAAUGUCGGUUUUCGAGGCCUGCAAUAUUUUAGCUCGCGAUCCGGAAGAUUAUGAGGUUUAUUUAAUUUAUGAAUAUCUAAUGAACUGUGGUGCGAUCGUGGCUCCCUUCAGACCGCCGAAACGCACGCUCGCCGCCGAUGGUUCCCAGUCCGCCAAGCCGAAGAGCUCCACUCAGAUACCUCCAGCUCACAGCGCGCCGCCACCGCCGAAAACAUCUGCCUUCUCGGCAUAUAAAAAAGAUGAUUCCGAUUCCGACCUUGAAGUGCUUUCCUGCAGUAUGCCCGAAGUUGCUCUGACUUACGAGCAGAAUGUUCCAUAUGAGGGUCCGGAAAUCACCUUCCCCGCGCUCGGAGUUUCGAUGAAAAAUGCAGCUCUGCCUGCGAUUCCGCGAGAACUGCUGCCGGAAUGCAAAACCGUCAGCUCAGAAUAUGCUCAAAACGGUAGAUUAAAUGAAAGGAUUCCGCUAUUCGUAAACAACAUAUCCCUUUAUCCCCAAUGGUUCACGCCUGAGGGCAUGGAGGACAAGGAACCGGUCCCUGAAGAUAAGGCGCCCGUCAAACGUGGCCGCAAGCGAAAAGCUGCGCCGAGAAUCUCCCAGAAGAAAAAGAAGCUCAAAGUAUCUCCUCAAAACGAUGGAGCUACCCAUCCUGGAUGUAUGCCGCAAGCAAACGAUGAGAUCCGCGAGCGUUAUAAUCGACGAUGGUUUCCCCGAUGGUUUGAUGGGAUCGAACUCGGUGUGCACUCAACUUCAAUUGUUGAUACUCUUCACAAAUUCACUGCUGACGGGAUCCCGAAGAUUCAGACUGCCGAAUCGUGGUCGGAGUACAAGAAUGUUUUCGCCAAGCUUGUCAAGGAGUCUCAAAACAACGAGGAGGAUCAUGGUCUCUAUAAGGGCACGACCACCCCCCUGAUGACCGGAACGAAAAAGAACCAAACGCAAUUGAUUUUCGAAGAACUUCAAUUGACGCAAGAGAUAAGCGAGAGCUUCGACCUGAGGAAACGCAUAGAGGAAAUGAACGAGCAUGGGAGGAAUAUCGCGGAUCAUAGUGUAAAUUCUUGUAUAGGAGAUGGCGAGGCUGUCUCGCGCUCGGCGAAUUCGCCAAAGAUCAUUUUUGAUGUAUAUAUCGACUCUGCCUACUCGAAAACGAAACCCUGUACACCGGAUUAUCGUGUCGUGAAAUUGAAAGCUGAGAGUGUUUUGAACAUAAGCGACCUCAUCAAGCUAUCCCUCGAAGCCGGCGAUGCCACCCUGCUCAUAGCCCAUGUUGCAGACUGCAAAGUGAGAGUUCGUCAAGCGAUGACCUUCAGCAUACCGCGAUAUAAUUGA